UCCACAUACCAUUUAGUACAGGAAAAUUCGACGGAGUAACACACGUAAACAAAUACCAUACAUAUCCACCCCAACCAGCCUUCUUAUCGAACCGUCAUCAUCGAUAGUCAACGCCAGACUUCCCUCAGUGCUCAGGUGAGUACACUACUACACAAAAUGACUUCAUUUCAAGUAACCCAUUCGCACUAGGCUGCACCUGAUGGAUCCAUCAACCGUUCUUCCGGUGGAAGUCCUCCAAAAAAUCUUCAAGCACUACCUAUCAGAUCGAAAGAGCCCCGUACAGUCUUUCGAUCUCUCCGAUGGUCUUUGGGUCCUUGGGAGAGUAAACAGCGCAUGGAGAAGCAUCACCAUAUCCUCAAAGUUCUUAUGGUCCACCAUAGUCAUCCUCGACAUACCAUGGCUCGUGUCCCCCUCUGAUACCGCCAACAUAAUCCUCACCGAGAUCCUCCGUCGCUCCGGAGACGCACCUCUCAGUAUCACCCUUUCCGUGCACAUUAAAAUCGCACAUCAUCGGCGAUUAUCUGAUUCCGCGUCGAGAUCCUUAUUCUUACUGCUCUCUACGCAAAGCCAUCGCUGGCAAUCAGUGGAUCUAAAAGCCCCCACCACAAUCUGGGAAGAUUUCAUGCAGAUAUCUCAUUCUCGCCUCCAUAGCCUUCGUGCGAUAGUUCCCAAUGAUUCCAUCCUACUGCAGAUUCCCAGAAUCUGCUCAAAUGUCGUAGACCUCACAUUACGCGUCUCCAAGCUGGUUAACUACCGAGCCCUCACAGUUUCUCCCGCUCACGUUGAGAUGCCUUUCCUACAGCAUCUCGACAUAAAGUCACACCAUAUCGAUUUUCUGGAGGCAAUAACCGCUCCUCGUCUCCGAUCAUUGCGGUUUGAAAAUUUCGCCGGUCAAUCUAGGUCUUGCUCACCUCUCCUCGGUUUCAUUGAGCGGUCACAGUGUUCAAACUCCUUAACUGAACUGGACUUGUCUUGGAGCUGCGACUGUCGUGACCUCGUCGCAAUGCUUUCCCGUGCAUCGUCUCCUCCUUACACCAACUCUGACCAGCGAAUCGUCCCUUCUGUGUUGCCGAAUCUGCGUACACUUUCAUUCCUGAACCCGGAAAUUUUGAGCGACACGGACGUUAAUCUCAUACUCGACAUGGUCGAGUCCAGGAUUGUCGGACAGCUGAGGCACGUGUGUCUUGGUCUGGUUGAUUGGGAUGUUAUGAGGAAGCUGAAGGGGCGCCUGUCCUUCCUGAAUGCCUUUCCGGAUGUUGAUGUUGAGCUGAGACCGGCGCUAUUAGCGGGGGGCGAUUACGACGGGGGCAAGGUAGUCCUGAUUUGGUCCUGAUAUACCUUUUCAUCGUGGCUCGGCUUUUGACGAACUAUGGCAUGCUCAAUCUACACUAUGCGUAUAUAUUCUGAUACCUUGACGGUAAAAAUAUUAGUCUUCUUGAUCAAUUCUUGAUAUAUUUAAACGAUAAUUCGCUCCAUGUUACUCACGUAGAUUAUAGUACAAAACAUUCCAAGUAAAUGAUAGCUCUGAGUGCUACAUUGUACGGGGAUAGUUAGCCCCUAAAUCCAUGACGCCUUUUGAUUUUUUCA